CAGGCAGAGACUUUCUGAAUCUAAUACAGCCCUGUUCAUGUUUUUGUCUAAGUUUUGGAAACAGCUUCAGUUAGUGAAGAUGCAUGAGUAAUGCAAAGCCAUUUGCAAAUGUUCCCGUACUGUCUCAUUUGCUUUGUACCAAGUGUUAUAGUCUUAGUGUUCUUUUUUUUUCCUUUUUUUUUUUUCUGAAGGUGUGACAAUGACUGUAAAGCAGAACAAUUUAUCGUUAACAGUAAUUGUAUAUUUGUUAAAUACCAGAUGCAUCUUGCUCCUCAGUCAACCCAAUGGUGUCUUCUUAUGCAUGAAGUGUGGUUGAUGUAUUUCUUAUCAACAAAUAAUGACAAACUGUAUUGAGAAAUGCCUGUAUUGAGACAUCCAGAGCCUGACGCAAGGCUGGACCAGCUAUGCACAGCACAAGAUGCUCAGAAGAACUGUCCUUUUGAGGCCAUAUCACUUCAAGUCUUCCUUUUAUUGUUGGAGCAGUCACCCACCUUCUGGGUAGUACCUUUCUCUGCAUGUAGGAAGGAAGAAGCCUUGCUGGGUCACUGAGUCUAGUCUUCUGCCAUUGCAGGCAUUCACGUCAUCCAGUCUCUUUCACAUCUCGGCUGUGCUCUCCCGCAUAAGUCAUUAUCAGUUCAAUCUUGGUAACGAUAAGAGCUCAGAGCUUUUUCUGUGCUUGUGCUGUGUUCCAGCUUCUAUAGGGCAUCUUCAUUUUUAUUCACAGCACAUCUUUCCCCACUACUAAAGGACAGCCACCUUCAGUAGGCAAGGCAGCAGCUGUCAGGAUAUCAAGAUAGCAAUUUGAGGACAGAAAGUAGUUCUUCAGCUGAAAGACACACGUAUACAGGGAGAUGAGGGCUAUAAGCAAGAAAAGUCAGUGCUCCUUUUCUGUAUUGCAGCAAUGAAAUCUCCUGCAGCUGCAUGGUGGCAUUUCUCUGUGGCUCUUCAGAUCUUAGGAAGCAUGGCCAGUGGGUGUGCAAUCUUUCUACCACAGGAGUGUUCUCUGUCAAGGAACUGUGUCAUGCCAUACCAGGCUGGGGCAUUUCUGUGGCACAGUGAGAAAUGGUGAAUGCAGAGGAGCAGCGUGAGAAUACACAGGAGGAUGUGGUCUGCCUCCCCUUGAAGUGACUCCACAUAUCUGCUUGCAGACCAGCUCCUCAGCUUCUAUUGUGCACUACUACACUGAGUGCUGCAAACCACUGUGUGAGCCAUCAGAAGCUUGUGCUUCAGCUCCUGCACAGAGAAGAGGCUCUAUUGUCACGCUGUGUAACCAAAGAGCAGGCUGAUGCAGGAGGCACCCCUGCAAACCUCAAGUUGUAGUAGCACAAGUGCCUUCUUCAGCAACAAAGCCAGUUAAAGAACUUUCUACUCCAUGUCACCACCAUUCUCUUGUGGCUCUGCGUCACAGUUUAUUUGUCUUUCAGGAGCCUCUGUUACAGCUGCUGGUAUCAAUGGAACAAUCCAAGUUAAAAGUCCUUCUAGCGAACAGUUAGGGAGUUUGCCUGUUCGUUUUGCUUCAUUUUGAUUAGAAUUAUUUUACUACCAACUCUGCUUUCUCCAUAGCACAACAGGUUUACAACGAGCAGUGCAUUGCUAGAAGUCAGAAACUCCUCUUCUAAUGGCUCUGCUGCAGAUCAAAACCAUGGAUCGCCUACGCAACAAGUACCUCCUAGCACACAGGGCCGAGGGGGCCACUGGGUAUCACUGAGCAACAGCAUUCCAGGAACAGCAAUUGUUUGCCAGUGCAAAUAGAAUUAAGCCCUUUCACUGUGGCUGAAACAUAGUUUCUGACAGAAUCAUUUUAAGGAAGAGAAUUUAGGAAAGUCUUAACCCAGCAGCCUGGUCUACAUUUAAAAUUUGCUGGUAUUAUGUCACCAUUUUGUUGAGUUUUGUUUGUUUGUUUUGUUUUGUUUUGUUUUGUUUUGUUUUGUUUUCCAGGCAAUUAUAUCAAUAACAUCUCCGAUGUGGUUGCAACUAUACCAUUAUAGAAUUGUCUUAAAUAGCAAUACAAACUGUCCCAUUUCUCGUACUCUUUGAAUAUAAUGUACUUUGUUAUGACUUUAUGCUUCAGUAAAUGUACUAUUUCAUUGUUUACAGCAGGUUACAGAAUGCUCAGAGGCUGCUGCCUAAUACUAUACUUAACAGAUAAAACUCAAAUGCAAUAUCUCUAGAAAAGAAAAAAGCUUGGUCUAUUUUUUCAGAAAUUGUUUGGUCUGCCUUCAUCUGCAGCCAGAUGCAUAUAACGGACGUGAAUGUGUAUACCUGCAUCAACAGAUUUAUCUUAUAUGUGUGCACUCGUACACAUUUUAAAAGCUAAAUGAUACAGUUGCUUUGCAUAAUGAGUUUCAUUUUUUUUCACAGGUCAGCACCUUUAGUGAACCCUGGAAAAACUAAUGUGCGAUCAGUCAUCGCACUGCAGCAGCAGCACCCGUUCAGUAGUCUUGGACAAAAAGCUGAAUGCUGUGGUUUCAGUAACUUAUCAUUGAAACCUUGUGGUUCUGUGUAGGAGGAUGCACAAGCUGGACACGUUUGACAUCCUUGUUUCUGAACGGUGAAAUCUGUACAUCUAAUUUAUGAAAAUUAUCUCUGGUGUGAUUUUAUUCUAUUUUUUUUAAUGAAGUCAACAUUAUGUUUUCCCUGCAUUCAGUGGAAACAAUAAUGGAAAUGUUUUAAGAUGUUCUGUGAACCUGUUUUGACCUUAAAAGGGAGAGUAAUAAAAAUAUCCUUGAUUUUGAUUAAGUUCUAAGAAGGAAAUUAAAAUUAAAUACUUGGAGUUGCAGUUGAGAAGAAAGUAUUUAUCGGGUGGGGAAACAAACAGAGAAAUGAGCUGUGAGAAGUCACAUAGACGUUAUGAAAUAAAAACCUUCCAAGUGAGAAUAUGAUAUUAAAAAAAAGCAACACAACAAAGUAAGAUAGUUUAGAAUAAACCAAGGUAUCUGUUGUCUUUCAGACAGUCUCUGCAAACUGAUAAGUUCACAUGCAGGGCAAAUGCAAGAUGUAUCUGCAGCUUAAACAGUUGAAGUUGCAUCAAACAAGCAAAACAGUGUAAGUCAUCUCUUAGUCAGUUAAUGCAUUUUUUUUUCCCUUUUAUUUUAUGCUAGGUACAGUGAAAUAAUGCAGUUUCUUGACAAGUGAAAUAUGCUGAUGUUGGUGCAAAGGAUAUCACAGCAGGUAUGUGUAACCGGAAUUGGAAGGAGGAGAAAAUAAAUUUUUUGGCUUGUUCAUGCUGUGUAGCUUCAGAAGAAAUACAUCCACAACUGCAUUGCCAAACUGGAACUGGGACCCACCAUGGACUCUUACCUUCCUCAUUUACACUUCUGCUUCUGCCUUCUGCUCUGGAAAAAAAGAAGUAUUACUCUCUUAUUGUACGAUUCACUGGAAAAUAAAGAUGUCUUGUCCUGCUGGUGUUUUCUUUCCAGAAACCUGAGCUGAUAAUCAUUACAACUGCAGCUGCAAAAUUAUGACACCAGAUUCUUUGAGCAUACCAUGCUGUUUACCUGAACUGACUUGUGGGAAGCUGAGAGAAAAAUGAGGGUCCGCUUCAGGUGCUAGCUGAAAUCAAUGGCAAAUAACCUUUUUCCUCCAUAAUCAUUGCAAGCAUGGAAAAUGUAGAUAACCAGAGAAGUACUGUCUUUUUGAGCAUCCGAAAUUUACCUGGAAUGAGUUUGCAGAAUGACCCAGACCAAACUGCAUCAUGCCCUGGUAGGGUGGAUGUGACCUACCCAGCCUUCACCUUCAGCUCAGAACUUCAUCCACUAUUGCCAUCAGCAGAGCCAUUUCUGGCAACUGUGUAUGUGCUUGUAGCCCAGCCACAAGCAAAAGAAAGUGUUAAGAGCUGAAAUCAGUAGGAACCUUGUAUUUUACUUGCCCUUUGGACUGGUCAAACAGUGCACAGACAGCAGUUCUUUUAGCCUCAGCACCCUGAUCUUCCAUACUUGUGUCCAUGCCGUGCACCAUACAGUAAGAAGAUGCCAAUUGGACUCUACAGUCUGCAAAAUAAUUCUAUAUGAUGUUGCUACACAAAGGGUGACAGCACAGAGGGAAGUGGAAACAUUAAAGAUGAGAACUGGAAAACUCUUUGCUUUUGUUAGAAUGCUUUUGUCAGAAAUGGCCUGAAGGAACAGAGGAGACGAAUACGCAAUUUCCAAAACAGUAUGGGGAGAUCAAAGGAGGCUGACGUUCUUUCAGAUUGCUGUUGCGGCGGAUCUGCAGGAGGAAAUUGAAGACGAACAUUACUCUAUUUUGGAAGGUGCCAUUAAAAAUGCUGCAUGUUGAAGAAAGCAAUAGACACUGUAGCUGUCAUCCUGUUUUCUUCUUGCCACUGCCCUCCACAUUUCUGUGUUGACCAUGCUGAGUUUUCCUGAGAUAAAAACCAUCAUUCAGUUUACUUAAAUCGUCCUUACAUUGAACAAAGAUUGAACUGUUUUACCUUCUGAUAUAGUCAAAUGCUUUAGAAGCUCUCCCUGCUCAAUCUCUGCCUUGCCUUGUUGUCUCUUCUAUUGCUAGAUUAUUUCAGUGCCUAAGCAUCAAACAAAACAUAUUUUUCCUCUUAUCAGUUCCUAUUUGAUUGUAUUGAUUUUAUUCACUUUCUAAUGAAACGAAUAACUUGAAGUAUCAAAAUAUUUCAUGUUGACACUUUCACAUGAGCAUUUCAAUUUUCUGUUUAUAAUAUUUCAGACUGCAGUUAUUUCUUUUUAAUAGUUUUUAUGAGCUGGGAAAGAACUUUUUCUUCAUAGUCUGAUGCAGAAUAUUAAUCCUGAAGUGAAUUCCUUUUGCUUUGUCAUCUCAGAAACUGCAGUGUGUUUUGUGCCACUGCAUACAUCUUCUGACAAAUGUAAGGUUCACCCCAGCACCCUGCUUUAGGCAGUGCAGCCUUUACCAGUCAUUCUCUUGGAAAAAUCUGGAAGAGCUGUAAAAAGCCUGUGUGGUUUAGGGAAAACCUGGCAAGCAUAUAUCUGACUGAAGUCUGGAGGCUGGAGAAAGGCUGAUGUUCCUCUACUUUAGUAAUGCUUUUCUUCUUCUAACAGGGCCAGAAUGAGUUGCUUUGUUCAUUAACAGACCAAGCUAAGGAAUCUGACUUACCAGCUUUUUGGACAAGCAGUCAUUUCUUUUGUUGUUGUUUCUUUUUUCUCCUUUACAAGUUAAAUAGUGUGACUUUUGGAAUUUGAAGUGUGCCUUUAUAUUUAGCCUGCUGAUUGAUGUUUUACAGGAAGGCCUGUUUAACCCAUUUACUUUCGAAUAUUACAAUAAUAACCAGGAGAAGCCAAUAUUUUAUACAAUAACAUUUUUAUACCUCCUUAUUUAUGUAAAAUAUUCUUUGCUGUUGUUUAACAUCUUCCAUAAGUUAAGUGGAAGAUGGCCUUAUAUGGGUUGAUAUGGACUGCUAUGCCAUGGACCUGCACAGACUUCUUUGUGCUUAGGGGAAAUGAUACACAAGAACUUCAGUUAUCUAUUUUUCAAUUCCUGUUUUAUCCAUUGACUGGAAAGAACAAGCAAGGUGCUGGAAGCACAGUGAGCACUAUGACUGAACCUUGCAAUGGACUUCUUCCAAAAAAAUCUGCACUCCCACCCUUCUUGAAGGUAUGCAGUGGAAAGCAUGAUGCAGGUUACUCAAGGCUUGCUUGAGGAAAAGCCUCUAAACCAGCUCUGCAUUUCUUCAGCUUAAAUGAAAUGUCCCAAACCAGAAUAUGAAUGAAGAUUUCAUAGAAUCAUAGAAUGGUUUGGGAUGGAAGAGACCUUUAUGUUCAUCUAGUUUCAACUCCCCUGCUUAUCGGCAGAGACACCUCCCUCUAGAGCAGGUUGCUCAAAGUCCCAUCCAGGCUGGCCUGGCUCCCUUCCAGGGAGGGGGCAUUCACAACCUCACUGGGCAACCUGUUCCAGUUUGUCAUCACUGUCACAGUGAAGAAUUUCUUCCCAAUAUAUAGUCUAAACCUACCCUCUUCCAGUUUAAAGCCAUUUCCCCUCAUCCUGUCACUACCUGCUCUUACAAAAAGUCUCCCCUGCAGGCCCCCUUCAGGUACUGGAUUUCUGUAAGAACGAUACUGCAAUUUGGUAUGAAUAAGCAGAUCAGAGGUAAGAAAGAGAUUACAGUGGUUUGAAUCAGAGCAACGAGUCCAUUCCUGUGUUGUUCCUCAGUCUAGUACUGGGAAAGCUUUUCAGGUCUGAUUAGUCAUUUGUGUUAAGUGCAGUAAAUGUCAGAGAAACUAAUAGAAAAAAAAAAAAAAAAGAAAGAAAAAACAGUAAAUGUGAGGCAUAGCUGCUCUCUAGUGGACUUGUGAAUAGCGUCAGCAAUGUAAAUACAGUUAACAUCCCCAGAAGAUAAUUAUGUAGAUGCUUUUGUUGAGAGACAGAAAGAAGAUGAAAUCUUCUCACAUGUGAGUUCAGCUCCUGCUUCAUUUUAUUGUUGUCUCUCACUUCUCUAUCUAGCAGACUUACGCCAUGGUUUCAGUGAAGUUGCAGAAUGCCACAGCAACUUAAAAACAGGUGUCUAAUGUCCAGUGCUAUGGUGAGCAGUAUUUUGUUAACCUAUGUUUACCUGAUAAUAAACUGGUUUAUUAGCAGGUGCCAGUGCUUCCCCUAUCAUCGGAGCGGAGCAGCGAAUAUCCCAGAGCUAUGGAGAACUCUUUUAUCAGAAAAGAGUGCGUGCAGAGAAAGCCCAGUUGCAUUUAUGAAAUAACACUGAUGCACAGCGAAGUUGCCCUCCAGCCUGAGAGCUUCAGCAUGAGAAUGGCAGAGCUCUCCCCACAGGGACCACACUAGGCCAGGCACCGCACAAGCCCUUGGUGCAAUUUGCUCUGCUCCUUUCCAAGUAUUAGGAACAUGAUUUUUUCAAAAAUCGAUGAUGUUGUGUGUGGAUAGCAAGAAAGACUGUCUUUGAGCUAAUGUCAAGAACAGGCAAUCAAAAGUGAGAAGCAGGGGUUGCAGCCAUACACGAGAUGCAGGAAUGUAUAACAGUGGGCCAGUGCUAACAGAUGAAAGGAAGGCUGUCAUGUACCUCUCCCACAGCCCUACUCCACAAGGCCUGCACACAGGAUUUCUUCAAAAUUAUUCCAAAAAAGACUGAAUUAACCAAGCAUAGAAGUUGCUGAGAAGCGGCCCAUACUCCUCCGGAGCUCCAUGACAGCCCCCACAGCGUGUUUCCUGUCAGCCCCUAGCUCUGCAGGAUGAACAUAAGUAAUACUUGGGACAGUCAGCCAUUUUGUUAAAUGCUUUAUUGGACCAUAAUAUGAAGGAGAAAGCUGAAAAGUUGCCUGUUUCCAACAGAAACUCAAACUAGAAGUCCAGCUUUGCUCGUGUCGAGGAGGAGGGUUCCAGCUGGAAAUACAUCUGAACUACAGCUGUCCAAGUGGAAUUGCAAUGGCCAGAUGCUGCACACUGGCCAUGGCUUUCAGGGCUGUGAAUUCAAGAAGACAUAUUGGACUCCAGCAGCUCUCAUCCUUGGCGUGGGCUGGACGAACAUUAUUGGGACCAAUGAAAUCCUGUAAAUUUGUUGUGGAUGAAAGCACCAACGAAAGCAUGUUGAUUUGUUCUGCUGUUAGACUGAUGGAAAGUUUGGAUUUAACUAGUGCUGCUGGACAGCUUCUUAAUGAAACCAUUCAGGCCCAAAACAAGGAAUUUAAAACUGGGAUGAGUACCCUGUUGUUCCUUGUUGGUGCGUGGAGUAAUGCUGUACUGGAAUGCCUCCAGCAGAAUGUUCCUGUUUCAGCAAUAGUAUCUGUGAUGUCUGAGGGGUUGGACUCUUGCUGUGAGAAAGUCCAGUGUCUUCAAAUAUCAAUACAUGAUGUAAACAAAGAGCUGUGUUCUAGCAGUGUUAGGCCAAGAACUUCUGAAAGUAAAGUUUCCCAAAUUCCAUGUGACAGUUCUCUAAAUCAUCAGAUUUCUCUGUAUUUUCAGAAAGAUAUUUCUGCAUCAGAAGAACUUGUUCCAAGAAAUUCUUGUUUCCCUCAGGAAGCUGAUUGUAAUUUUAAUAAGGGCCUGGUUUGGCCUUUGGCCAGUUUUGGUUCAGUAGCUUCCCUUGUCAGGUCAGUGGAUGACAAAAGUACAUCUGUGAUUUCUGGAAGUGGUGUCUCUGCAUCCAUCUGUAAGCAAAAAGUAUUAACUCACAGCAGAUACUUCAGCACCGUAGCAAAAAGCCAUGUUUCAAGUCACCUACAUGAUUCUCAGGUAUACCUCUCAGGACAGUCAGCAUAUACUUGUGAAUGUUAUGGUUUAGAACACCUUGCAAUGGCUCUAAGUCAUGGUAAUCAGCCUAGCAUGAAACUGCUUCAAGGCAUUGUUGCAUAUCAACACGAGAGAGCAGAAUGUAGUGGCUCUUCUCAGUUCAGGAUCGCAGAAAUUGCAACAUGCUGUUUACCAGGUCUGCCUGAAAGUUACUCUUGUGUUUGCCCAGGUUUUAUCACUCUGGUUUCACCAGAACAAGCCACAGUUAUCACAUACUUUCGGGACAAAUCCCUUUGGAUUCUGCUAAUGGAUGGUGACCUAACCGAACAGUAUCGUCACUUGGGUUUCACUAAGCCACGGAAUGUAAAGACCGUAUUGGAGUAUCCUAGCCUACAGGAAGGUGGAUCAAGAGACUCGUGGCUAAGCAGUACGUUAGAUAUUCUAAUAAGCUUGGAAGUAAACUUGGUUUUGGUCAAAGGAGCUGUGUGUAAAAACUUAAUGGAAAGAUGCAUCGCAAACAAUAUAUUGGUAAUUAGUUCAGUGACUCAGAAUGUUUUGAGUGCCUUUGGGGAGGUGACUGGUGCCCAGCCCGUGACAUACCUCACUCAGCUGAAUGCUGCUUGCCUGGGGAGCGGGGUCUGGGUAGAGCUGUGGAAGGGCUGUGACGAGCGUGCAAUGGAACUGGGUCAGCUUGUGCCAGUCACGAUAAAAGUGCAAAGAAUUCCCCUGCUGACAGCCGUGCUCACCACCACAGUAGCUUCAAAAAUGCAGCUCAUUGAAGACCAGUUUUGGACUUUUGUCUAUCGACUCCAUCAUGCUUUAAAGGAUGGGAAGGUUUUUCCUGGUGGUGGUGCUGUUGAGUUCUUAUGUCUUAGUCACAUUCAGAUGCUUGCAGAGCAGUCUUCAAAGCUAGCAGAUAAAAAUGCUGUGAAGGAGUUUCAUAGUCCUAGGCUGGCAGCAUCUUCAUCAGAGUAUAAAGCAAUUGUGCUUCAAGCACUAGCUGCUGGCUGGAACCAGUAUCUUUCCAUGGUUAUGUGCAACACUGCAAAAGCAGCAUCAGAGUUUGAAGCACGUACCUUAAUUGAUCAUCACCUCCAAAAAGCAGCUUACUGUGGCUCUCCCUCAGCAUAUGUACUGAAAGAGUUCAGAAGAGGUGGUAUGUUCAGAGGUGGUUCUAUCCCUUUCACUGACAGUGAAGAGGGUGUAAAGGCUUAUGAUAAUGUUACAGCCAAGAUGGAGGCGUGGCGGAGAGCUCUAGACUUGGUGCUGCUAGUGCUUCAAACGGAUGCCGAAAUCAUCAUAGGUCCCAGAAGGAGUCAGCUAUUAAACUCACAUUCAUCAAGCGAAUUUAUGUUUUUGUAGGACUUGUAAGCUUGCUUUUUUUCUUUUUUUUUUAAUGAGUCUGGGAGUCAACGGGUGAAAGAAGUCCAGGUACAAUCUUCAUUUCUUCAAAAAGCAAACAUUUAGACGUGGUUAGGGCUUGAGAGUAUAAUAGCAGGAACCUCCAUGUGAAACAGUAACAAGAUAGAUCUCAUUACCCAUUUCUAGAAACUGGAGUUAAAUAAGACAAAAAUCACUUGUGGGCUAAUCUCUAAACCCCAGCCAUGUGUUCCUAACUGAUGAUAUUGUCUAUAUAGGUAGGCUAAUCCAGUUCAGCUGACUUUUCUAGCGUUAUUUAGCGGAGCAGACGUGCAGUUCUUUUUUUUUUUUUUAUUAUGAAGAGGAGCACUGUGAAAUCAAGGUUGGAGAAAUGUUAGAUUCCUUGUGUAAACUUCCCAACAUGUACUGUCUGUAUGAGGUGUUUGCAGUCGUAUGCAGUAAAGUACUUAAUAUCUUCUGAAGAGGGGGCUUUCUUACAUUUUGUUGGCUUAUUUGUCUGCGUUAGACAUAAGAGGUAAUUAAGAAAUUAUCAAUUACGAUUAUGAGUUAAUAUCUUAAUUUCUGUGCAUUCCAAGUUAAGCUCGUAAUAACUUAUGACUGUUACAUCUUAAAAUAAGAGGUUGUAUUGGUUGAUUCUGUUUUUGCAUAAUUGUAUGGGCAAUAUAUUUUCUAUUUUGAAAUAUACCCCUUUGAAAUUUCUCAGGUUUCUGUAUAAAUUCAGGCCGAACCCUCCCUUUUUGUGUUACAGAGUGGAUAUAACUCUACACAGUUUUGUUUCAGUAGCAAGUUGGAUUUCUAGAUUAUUUCCUUUAGGUUCUUUCAGAUAGCCUUGUGGAGAAGAAAAGUGUAAUUAUGUCAGCUGUUUCCUAAAAACUGACAGUGAAUCUUACCUGAAUGGUAGAGGCACAGCCAUGGUACUGUGUGUGUGUCUCAGCACUUAAAACUGAAAACAGAACAAUUCAGAAGUGGCACUUCGUUGCAAGAAAGAGGUUUGUAAUAUAUGUUUGUAAGGGGAUAUUUUUUCUGAAACUAGCAUUUUACACAGUGAUGUGUUGGGUGAAAACAGAGAAUGGGAAUGGUCAUUUGAAGAGAAUUAGGAAUUCACUUCAGGAGUUGAUUCUCAUUAAAAUGCUGAUGGUUAGCA